AUGGCAACAUCCGGUCACAUCAAGGGCCAGCUUACGAAAGCCACGAACGCGCUGAAGGCAAGAAUCUCUCUAGUCCAGGAGAUUCUGGUCAACAACCGCGCUGACGAGGUGAAAGCCGAGCAAGGCCCCCUUAGUCCAGCAGAAGUUAAACAACUUCUAGUAACAUCGGCGACCGCAUUAGUUCAUCUCAUGGAGACCCUACAAGGGAAGUGGACUAGUGCCGAAAACUACGCGAAAGGUGUAACAACCGAGGCUGAGCGUUUCGCCCUGCUCCAAGAGUUUGCUGACCACUGGGACAGCAUUAGAGCGGACGAAGCACUCAUCAACGCGAAAGCACUAGUCAGGUCGAUAGAAGAACAGUUACGAGACCUUACCAAAACCCCGGUCACUCCCUUGAAGGUAGUCGACGUCUCCGAUAGUUCAGCUUCUAGUUCAGAACUGUUGGUUCACGUGCCUAAGUUGGAGCUUCCGGACUUCUAUGGAGAGCCCAGCGCCUUUCCUGAGUUUUGGGAACUCUAUCUAGCCGCGAUACAUAACAAUCCUAGUAUUCCAGCCGCGGUAAAGUUCCUACACCUCAAGAGCAAACUCAAGGGAAAAGCAAAAGACCUAAUCGCCUCCAUAGAACUGUCCCCUAACAACUACUUGGAAGCAGUCAACCUACUUCUUAGCACGUUCAAUCGGCCAGACGUUCUUCGGAAUAAACUGUUUGAGCAGUUGGAGGCCCUAAGUCCAGCGUCCGAGUCGCCUAUUGCACAACGUACCACCUUGUGCAAAAUCAAAGCGAUAUGGAUGCAAUUGAGAAAUCUUAAAGAACAGCCAGGAGCCACUGGGACGAUGCGGAUCAUUCGAGCCAAAUUUCCCCACUCUACAAGACAGAGAGUUGGAGAAAUGAGGCAACGAGACGAUCAUUGGACGGUGGAAGAACUACUUCAGGCUUUCGACCGAGUAAUCGAUCGACUUGAAGUAAUGGAAGACACCGACCCAAUGACGGAAGUGACAUCAUACACGUCCGCAGUGCAUACUCCUCGAAUUAGUUCAGCUAGUGGCCCCAGAAGAACGCACCAGUAUAGGCCAACCAACAGACAUAGUUCAGCUUCGAGUCCUCAGCGACACAGAUCCCCGCAGAGACAUGAGACCAGCUCAAACGAACCUCGCUGCGUGUUCUGUGUCAUGAAAGGACACGACCCCACACAGUGCAGAGAAGUCGGGACAGUGCACGCACGUAGAACAUUGGCCGCAGAGUUACAACUCUGCUGGAAAUGUCUAAAUCGAGGACAUCAAAGCGUGGACUGUAACGCACCUCACUGCAAUACGUGUGGAGGAGGACAUCACAGCGCGCUCUGCUACAGAAGGAGGAAUACGUAUCGAAGUCCAAGUAGAUCCAAUAGUCCAGCACGUAGCCGCUUCGGUAGCACAGAGCGCUAUGAUUCCAACUAUUACAGAUCUAGUUCAGGAGAUAGAUCCAGAAGGAUCUCUCGCUCACCUAGUCCAGCUCGUAGGGGUAGGUCCCCAGUCGUGCGUCAGAACACGACCCGUAGAAGUUCACCCCACCCUAGGGUAGACUUCAAGACCUCACCCACUACACACACUUACUCUAGUCCAGCGUGGAUGCAUCAAACCCAAGAUGCAGACUAUUCCACAGACGGCUCUGAGUCGAGGUCAUCAUGCGAGUCUCACGAAGACGUGUUCCUAACAAACACAGUUCAACUGGUGGAAACACCACUUGAACCAGUAGUGAGCAGUACAGCUAACCGCAUGAGCAGUUCUCUCCUCAUGAUAGCCCGAGCACUAACAAAAAAUCAUAUCACAAAGACUGAGCAAGUACUUACGAUUCUCCUCGAUAGCGGAUCCCAGCAUAGCUAUAUCAAAGAAGACAUAGCUAAAGCUUUGGGAUUGAAGCUAAGGCAACCAAAGGAUAUAACAACUAUAGCCUUUGGAGGCCAUGCUCAAACAGAAACAUCGUAUCGAGUUAGAAUUGUACUACACAAUGAGACAGAUGGGAGACCGACACGUCUCAACCUAUGGACACGCAAAGUCCAUAACCUCUGUCCCGCACAGCUCGUCGUUUAG